AUGCCAGACACGUCGGCCUCCGCAGCCGCUGCUGCCAACACCGCCGCUGCGGCCCCGGCGGCAAAGGCAAAGCAGGCACCGCCCAAGCCCACCGAGCGCGACCAGCUCCUCGCCCUCAUCCGCCACAACCUCCUCCUCAUCGAGCGCAGCGUCUCCCACGUAGAGCAGCGCUUCACCGCCCGAGUCCUCCGCACCCUCCCCUACGUCCGCCGCAAGGUCAAUGCCUACCCGGACGUCCUCGCCCUCGCCAUCGACGAGGCCAUUGUCGCCCAGGACGCGGCCGCCAACAAGUCCCACCUCCUCGCCUUCCUCCCCGCCCCCUACUCUCCCUCGCCCGCCCCCCCUGCCUCGUCCUCGUCCUCGGCCCCGGCCGGCGCCGACUCGAUGGACAUCGAUACCGACCAGUCCUCCAAGAACGACGACAAGGCGGCGGCCAGCAAGUCUUCGGCGCAAGCGGCAGCGACCCCGGCUGCCCCCGCCCAGAGGCUGCUCGAGGCUCAGCCCGAGGUGCACGCCUACCUUCGCCUGCUCGUCCUCGUCCACCUCGCCGACACCCACCACUACGACCAGGCGUCCCAGGAGGCCGUCGCGUCGCUCCAGACCAUCACGUCGCUCAACCGGCGCACCCUCGACCAGCUCGGCGCAAAGACCGUCUACUACUUUGGCCGCGCCGAGGAGCUCAAGGCCGAGGCCGCGCGCGCAAAGGGCGCCAAGGUCGACGCCGGCCUCACCUCGAUCCGCAGCCAGCUCCUCGCCAUCCACCGCACCGCGUCGCUCAGGCACGACUCCGAGACCACCGCCACCGUCAUCAACCUCCUCCUCCGCUCCUACAUUGUCGAGUCCAACCUGUUUGAUCAGGCCGACAAGCUCGUCGCCCGCGCCCCCUUCCCGCGCUCCAGCGCCAGCAACCCGCAGGUGGCCCGCUACGACUACUACGUCGGCCGCAUCCGCGCCGUCCAGCUGAGCUACACCGACGCCCACACCCACCUCCAGCAGGCCAUCCGACGCGCUCCCCAGAUCUCGCAGCAGAAGCACAACGACGCCGCCGCGAAAAAGGCAGAGCAGCAGCCUGAUGGUGCCGCCGACGGUGCGGCCGCCGCGUCCAAGGACGAGGCUGCUCCUGUCGCCGCCGCCGCCGCCGCCGCCGCGCCCUCGGUCCCGGCGAGCCAGUCGCAGCCGGCGGCGGGCUUCCUGCAGACGGCGUACAAGUUCCUCGUCGUCGUCGAGCUGCUCAUGGGCGACAUCCCGGAGCGCAGCAUCUUCCGGCUGCCCGUGCUGAGGCGGGCGCUGGCGCCCUACAUGGAGAUCGUGCAGGCGGUUCGGGUGGGCGACCUGUCGCUCUUCCAGACGACGCUGCAGAAGCACAGCGCGCUCUUCCAGGCCGACAAGACCUACUCGCUCAUCCUGCGCCUGCGCCACAAUGUCAUCAAGACGGGCAUCCGCAUGAUUUCGCUGAGCUACUCCAAGAUCUCGCUGUCCGACAUUACGCGCAAGCUGCACCUCGAGAGCGAGGAGGACGCCGAGUACAUUGUCGCCAAGGCCAUCCGCGACGGCGUCGUCGACUCGAGCGGCACCCGCGUCGACCACGAGCGCGCCGAGAUGGUCAACCGCGAGAAAAAGGACGUCUACGAGACCGAGGAGCCCAUGCAGCAGUUCCAGCAGCGCAUCCAGUUCUGCCUCCAGCUCCACAACGAGAGCGUAAAGGCGAUGCGAUACCCGCUCAACGGGCACAAGGCCGAGCUGGCGUGGGCAUCCGAGGCGCGCGAGCGCGAGCGCGAGCUGGCCAACCAGAUUGAAGGCGGCGACAUAGACGGGUCAGACGACGAGUGGGCCUAG